AUGCAGUUACGUGCCGUGAGUGCGUCAUUGCUGAAGACCUUCAUGGCCAGAAGAGCAGAGGGAGCCAAAAAGGAGCAGGAUGGUGGUGACGAGAAGCAGCUGCAGAAGAAAAAGGUGAAGGAGCUCAAGGUUAUUGACCCCAAGACAUCACAGAACCUCUCCAUUUUCCUGGGAUCGUUCCGUCUCCCCUAUGAACAGAUCAAGGAUGCCGUCCUGGAGGUCAAUGAGAAGAUCCUAACAGAGUCCCUGGUUCAGAACCUGGUCAAACAGCUGCCAUCAUCAGAACAGCUGAGUACCCUGGGAGAGAUGAAGGAUGAAUACGAUGACUUGGCUGAGGCUGAACAGUUUGGAGUAGUGAUGUCCUCCGUGAAAAAACUGAUGCCACGUCUCGAGGCCAUCCUGUUCAAGCUGCAGUUUGAGGAGCAGCUGAACAACAUCAAGCCGGAUGUGGUGUCUGUGACGGCAGCCUGCGAGGAGCUCAGGCAGAGCAAGAACUUCUCCACGCUGCUAGAGAUUAUCCUCCUCGUUGGGAACUACAUGAACUCUGGCUCUCGCAAUGGAAAGGCAUUUGGCUUCUCCAUCUCAUACCUGUGCAAGCUGCGUGAUACCAAGUCAGCUGAUCUGAAGCAGACACUGCUCCAUUUCCUCGCCAAUGUGUGCCAGGAGCAGUAUCCUGAUAUCAUGAGCUUUACAGACGAGCUCAUCCAUGUGGAAAAGGCCAGCAGAGUUUCUGCAGAGACGAUUCAAAGGAGCAUAGAACAGAUGGGCCGUCAGAUCAAGAACCUGGAGAAGGAUCUGGAAACCUUCCCUCCUCCGCAAAAUGACAAGGACCAGUUUGCAGAAAAGAUGUCUAGUUUUGUGGUCAGUGCCCAUGAGCAAUAUGAGAAGCUGGAUCUGAUGCAUAAGAAUAUGGAGAAGCAGUAUUCUGACCUGGGAGAAUAUUUUGUCUUUGACCCGAGAAAAAUGUCUGCUGAGGAAUUCUUCGGGGAACUCAACACCUUUAAGAACAUGUUCCAGCAAGCGGUGAAGGAGAAUCAGAAGAGGAGGGAGGCUGAGGAGAAGAUAAGGAAGGCCAAGCUGGCUCGGGAAAAAGCGGAGAAGGAGAAGGAGGAGAAACUGAAAAGGAACAAGCUCCCCGACAUCAACACAGAGGGUGAUGAAACUGGUAUCAUGGAUGGCCUGUUGGAGGCACUGCAGUCCGGUGCUGCUUUCAGGAGAAAGAGAGGACCCCGGCAAGCAGCCACCCACCGACGAGCUGGUAACGCAGUGACCAACAUCCUGGCCAAAGAGCUGAUGCAGGAGGACACGCCUUCGUUUAGUAAAGUGCCGGCGAAGAAGAGCAAGACCGAGGAGAAGGAGGAGCCCAAACUAGAAGGAGCCGAGUCGCUAGAGGAGUUACUGGAGGCUGCGCCCACUCGCUCUAAUUAGACGACACAUGCAGAAUGUUUUUACUCACUGAGAGGGUGAUGUACAGACAAAGAUAUAUUUCUGAGGCAUUCCAACGGGCCAACAUCUAUCUGAGAUUGUCUUACAGGGGAAACAGGGCCCGUGUUUUUCUGACCUUUGUCUUAACAGGAGCAACUUUGUGGGUAGCGCUGUCUGGGUCUUCUGUGAGGACGGACCGAGGCAGAGGAUGAGUGCGGGGCUCUCACCUCAGUUCUUGGAUGUCCCUCAUCAACCUUUCGAUCUUUGCCAUUGUCCUGAUAAUAUUCAUUUGCUUUUUUCAGCACGUGCACAUAUCUGUUUAUGUAUUUUUGUUUUUUUCUGUUUCCCUUUCUCCGUAUUUCUGCAUCUUUCACCUCACCCGUCGUUCAUCAAAUGGCAUUUUGAUAAAUUCCAAAGACUUAACUCAGGAGGGUUCCACCCAUUGUGUUGUGGUUAUGCCCAAAUUCCAAGUUAAGAUUGGGAACAUCUGGAAUUUGGCACUAUCCAGCAGGUGCUUCAUAGAUUUCUCUGGAGGUUUCAGCCACAAGCAGUUUGCGCUUUUUGAUUUAUAAUUUUUUUUUACAUACAACAAACUGUGUUACAUCUACAUAAUAUACUGUAUGUUACUGUUUGUAAAUGUUAAUCAUUUUUGCUGUAUUGUUGAUGAAAAAGUGCCAACCAAUAGAAAUCCAGUCUUGUCAAUUCCCUUCCUGGUUUUGUCCUGUCACAGUUUGCACUGCGGUGGUGUGUGGACCAGUCAGACAGCAGUCGUCACCUGGGUGCGUUUUCGUUUUGUUUGCUUGUUUGAGUUGGGAUGUUGAGGAUUUAUUAACACAAACAUGUCUUAAAUGUGUUGCCACAAAUGCACACAACGGUAAAGAAAACUUUUCAUUCACGAACAUUAAUGUUCUCACAAACCUACACGGUGAAGUUAAGUUAGGGGAGAAAGUUUUUUCACAGUCACUUGAACCAAAAAAAAUUUAAAAAGGGUGUUUCCGUACAAAACCUAGUCUGAGCAGUUUGCAUGCCUGUGUGCGCGUGUAUGAGAAUGACUGUGUGUGUUUGUGUCAGUCAGAAGCAUAAGCCGCCUAUAUUUAGCCUUGUGUGUACUAUCGACUCCCUACAAGUGUCUGUGUUUGUGCAUGUAUGCUCGAGUGCGCAUGUGUUUUGCCAUCUGUAAUUACUGUACGGUACCGACCAUGCUGUCAUAAAUGUUAGGUUUCACAAGCAGCUUUGUGGUCGUUCUGCUGAGAAUAUAGCACACUGGAAAACUGCCCAAAAACUGCUAAGACAAGUAUGUAUGUGUGUGUGUGUGUGUGUGAGUGUGUGUGUGUGUGUGUUCGCCCUCCUCCCCUCCCACUGAACUGCAGCAGAAGUUGCUGAAUGUCUGGCCUUGCUUCCACUGGUAUUCGGCAGGCGGCAGCAGACAUGUUGCCAUGAUGCUGCGGUGUAAUAUCUGACAGGAAUCCUGAGAGGUGAUGUCAGCUGCUCCACACGAUAUUUAUUCCUAUGCAAACGCAAUAGUGUAGCGUGUACUCUCUCGCCCUGCCAACCUCAGGACAUAAAAAAAAAAAAACACUGGGCCAACUUAGGUGAUUUUUAUCAACCCGCUGACCGGAGAUCAGUGCGUGGUGUUGCCGAAGGGGAAGCUCGAUAGCUGCAGAAGUUCCGAAUUUUAGGAGUUUUUUUUAAAUCGCAACACCCCAAGUGAUAACAUGACAUUUCCAUAUAUAUCUAUAUAUCUAUAUAUCUGGAUGAACUGGCACUUAACAUAUCAAAAUAAAUGAGCUUCUUUCAGAACAGCAGGAGGAGACAUCUUUGUUCUGAUCUCGUGCUUAAGUCUCAUACAGGAACACUGAUUUAUAAUUGGGUGCAAAACCCUAUAGACCACUGCACCUGCUCUGAAGUGCAAAAUAUGUUCUAAACCAGAGAGAGAAAAUGAAAGGAUAUAACAUCACUGGAAUAUUUUCUGCUUCUUCUUUUUUUAAAUUUUAGUCAUUCCCUUUGCUCUUAAAUUCUUUAUUUUAAGAGAAUGUUUUCUAUGUGAAUUUUUACAGUUGAUUGUUUUAACGUAUUUGAUUGUUUUCUCCAAGAUUUCCCUAUGUACACAGAAUAAUGCACAUAGUCGUUCUGUUUGCUGCACGAAACUUAAUAAAAAUGUCUCAAGAAAG